AUGGAUAAUUAGUACAAUCCAUUUUACAACAAUUCUUUGGAAGCGAAUAGAAAAACAAAUUUUUUGGUAUCAAAUGGAAAAAGGGUGGUUUAAGAGUAAAAAGAACAAGUAAAAAAAUUAUUUAUUGAAACUUUUUAGAUAUUGCUUAAGGAAGAAAAACAGAAGUAAGAGAAAGCCUAACAAAUUCAAUAUGAAAGAAAAUUAUUAAAUUAAGAGCCAAUACCUGUUUAUUUGUAAAGAGAUGAUAGAUAAUAAAAGAUAACUGCUUCUGAGAGAAAGGAAAUAAUUAGAAAUAUUGAGAAUUAAGCUAAUAAAAAUUCUGAUGGUGGAUUUUUCGCUAAUGUUUUUAAGCAGCGUGAUAAUAAAGAAUAAUAAAAAUAGCAAUAGAAAUAAGCAUAUAUAGAAGAAAUAUAAAAAUAAAUUGAUGAAAAGAAAAGAAAGAAAGAAGAAGAGAGAUAAAGAAAGAUAGAUGAAGAUCGUUAAUAUGAAGAAAAGAUUAUAAAAGAGAGGGAAGGAAUGAAUUAAAAUUCAGUAAUAAAAGAUGAAGAUAAGAAAUAAAUAAUAAAAACAGUCAAAAAUAGACAUCUGUUAUAAUAAUAAGAUGAAUCAAAAUUAAUCUUUAAUGAGUUUGAUGAACAAUAAACUAACUUAACAAAUAAUAAUAUUGUGCCUAAUUAUUUGAAAGAAAAUUUAAAGGAAGUGGAUGAUAAAUUUGAGUAAGACUUAAAAAAUAAAACAAAUCCUCACACACCUUUCACUAAAUUAUAGUCAUAAAGAACUUUAUAGGACUAGAAUGCAAUAAAUAUUACUUAUAAUCAUCCAAACACGGCUGGAAAUGCACAAAAUAAUAAUAGAUCAUUUAGAAACAAUUCCUAGCACUAUAACUAUGAAUAAAAUAACUAAUAAUUAUAAAUGUAGUUUGAACAACAGUAGAUGUAAUAAUAAUAUCUUUUGCAACAAUAAUAUUUCCCUUAAUAAUAAUAGCUUUAAUAUUUUUAAUAACCUUAGUAUCAAUAAUUUGAAUAAAAACUUAUAAUUCCUUAAUUGAUGGAGAAAUUUUAGCGAGAAUUCGAGGAGUUGAAAAUGGUAAAUAGAAUAAAAAGUAAAGAAUAAGAAGAAGGAAUAGAUAAAUUGAGAGAAUAAAUUGAAUUGCAAUCUUAAAUGUGGAAUGAAGACUUAAGAAAAUUAAGAGCAGAGGUUUAGAUAAGCGCAGAAUAGAAGAAUAAAGCUUUUUAUGAGUUAGAACAUCUAAAAGGAUAACUAAAGAAAUAGGAGUUAUUUGAAGAGGCUUAAUACAAUAACUAACAAUAAUAAGCUAAGCAGAGUGAAGAUUGGAGGAGAUAGGAUUAAAAAUUGGUUACAGAGAAUGAAUUCUAAAGAAGUCAAAACCAAAGUAGACAAUAGAAAUUUGAAGAUAAUUUUAAUUUUUAUAAUUCAUUUGAAUAAGAAUGA